AUGUUUGGCAACAGACAAAACUCUCAGAAGCCUGACGACGGUCUGAUUAAUAAGUUCCAGGCGACCUUUUCUGAUAUUUCCCGGCCUACCAAAUGCGAUCCCUCUGGACUAGCGACUAACGAUGACCUGAACUAUUUGUCUACCCUGGACAGCUCUGGUCUUCGCUUCACGCCAUUUUUUGAUCACUCAAUUCCCGCCUCAGAUCCACAUAAUUCUCGCCAGUAUCACAAUACUGGCAGCUUCAACACAGCCUUCCAUGGGCCGACCGGAGACCUGCAUACACCACAACCGGAGCCAAAUUUGAUGACACCAAAGACGCUUCUUGGGCAAUUCGCCGUCGCUCCUCUACAUACAAAUUAUGUCGACCCAUUCAAGGAUAAUCCAAACAUGCAACAGUCUGCACACGAGCCCCAAGCUAUAGCUCCUGGCAAUCUGAAUGUUGCGUGUCCACCUACCACAUUCGUCCACUCCCACUUAGCUGAUGGCGGUGCUAACAGGUCAGGCGAAGCAGUCUCUCUGGCUGACGACGCCAGUCCUCAGAACUUGAGCCCCCACCAGCUUCUUAUCUCCCAAGACAGCCAUUCACCGGAAAGGGAAUACCGAAGCCAGGGCGAUUGCCAGUUUCGGUACCAAGUGACACUGAACACACCGACAGCCAUGAUGGAAGAUGCGAAACACCCACCCACCACAUAUCUCAACAAAGCUCGAACGUACUCUCUAUCAAUUGUUGAUACGGCGCAGCCAGUGACGAACGAAGUCGCCGUGCAUCGAACCUGGAUCCGUGUUACAUUUGAAGAUGAUGAACAGGCUUCAAAUCCUGCCGCUGCCUGGGCUUUGUGGAGAAACAUUAGGGGACAUGAGGCUUAUCGGAAAGAGGGAAACUUGUAUGCUAUUGAGUUUGUUGAUCUAUCCCAAGAGAAUGAUGGCCAAACGUGUGAUCACAUCCAGCUAGAAAGAAUCUCGCUAGACGGAUUUUGUGUCACCUGGCUCUCAGACCCGACUACUGGACACCAAGGCUGCUCCAUGGGAGUCCGCUUUCACUUCCUAUCAACGGAUUUUAGCCACGCAAAGGGAGUGAAAGGAGCUCCUAUUAAGCUGUGCGCUAAAACUGAAGCCGUUACCUUAAACAGGGCCGAGAUAAGUUAUUGCAAAGUGAAACUGUUCCGCGAACACGGGGCUGAACGGAAAAUGUUCAAUGAAGUUUCUCAGCUGAAGCGAGCGAUUGUGAGAUGCAGGCAAGAUUUCGUCAAAGCCGAAAACGGAGGCGAGGAUAUUGGGAAGCGAAAACGGGGACGACGCACAGUCAGUUACUAUAGCAACAAAAAGAUUGAAGGCGAGAGGAAGAACGAGCUGCAAAGAGACCUGGACAAGGAAUUGGCCAUGAUACAAAACAGAUUCCACUCAAAUCGGCCUGUGACCAAGUUCUCUCUUCGCGGUAGAGCGAAAGAUGAUCCUGAUCUAUUUCCGAUCAUCAUGGAAGAUGACGAGGGGCAAAGGAUCGAUCGAAUGGAUGAACCGAACUUGCAACCCUUAACCCCAUCCUCAACAUUAGGCAGCCUUUCGAGAAACUUGUCAUAUAGUUACACGGAUCACGGCUCAGCCAGACCGCGCCAAGACCGAACCCCAUCAACUUCGAGUUUGUCUCCACAAGCUUCGUUGGCUUCUAUUGAUUCAAAGCGCAAUGCACCAGUUGCAUGUUUCUAUCUCCGCUUUCAGACACAGGGCGCACAGCAAGAUAAUUACUACACAGCUGUGUAUUUGACAGAGCGCACUGCGAAGGAACUAAAGACGAAAAUCUCCCACAAGAAACGCUUCAACCAAGAUCAUAAAUUACAGCUAUUUCAAGUCAAAAAGGGGAUAAAAAUCAUGAUCGAUGAUGAUGUGGUUCUGCGGAUUCCAAAUGGCCAGGAUAUGAUUGCUGAAAUAUCAGAGAUUCCGAGCAAUAUGGCUGCCAGUGGCUCAACUAUUGAGGUUAAGUUAGAUGUAUAG